AAAAGGUGAAAUUGAAAAAUAAGAUACAAAAGAAAGCAAAAUUGCUGCGUCAGAGGGCAAUGGGAGGGCACAUGAUGCAUGAACAUAUGCAAUAUUAUGUAUGGGAGGAAAUAUUCGGAUGGUUGAUAACUUGAUAUUAAAAAAAAGGGCUAGUGGGGAAAAAGAUAAUAGUAUUCAUAGAGACUAAUGAUUAAGGGGUUUGUGCAAAGGUUAGGAAACAUUAACCAUUGUUAGUGGUGGAAUUAAUUUUUGAUAUUUUUUAUUCGUGGGUUAGCUACACUACCUGGACUCUUGCUCAUAAGCAUAAUAGUAAAGGUUAAGACAAUAAGAGUUCACAACUAUGAAACAGCAGUUCCAGUCCCCUGUACGAGACUUACUAGUCUCUUUUUUGCGUAUGUUUAGCUUUGAAUCGUAACUCUAUGAGACGUACAAAUACGGUAUUUUGGACAAGAUGGAAGGAUAAAUGGGAACUAAAUUUGGUUGACGACAUACAUGGUGAACUGAAUUUUAUUGGACAAUCGAGGAUCUAAAUAUUUAUAUGUUUAGAUGCGGCGCGUGAUGGGUGAAAGAUGACCAAUCCCAAAUGUCGUGGUCUGGGCGGACGUGGCGUCCUUAUCCUACUUGCCUAUUUAGCUUUCAAUACCCUCCCCACUUGCACCCCUCACUCACGACUAUGCAAAUUGCACCCAGGGUUCCCAGGACGUUUUUGCUGUGUUUUUUAGUGGGCAAAGAAUAAUUAAAUACUAAGCUGUGCUGGUGAAAAAGAAGACUAACCAAUUGAGUUCCGCAUCCAUGGGGACUGCGCAGUGGGCACCCCUUUCCUCCAUUCCAUACGUACACUCCACGCUCUUCUCUGUCACUCUUUUUCUGCAAUCGGAAAAGAGAUUCCGUGAGUAGGAUUCUUUGCCUCAAAGAAUAUGAUUUCUUACAUUAAACAUUGUUUUUUACUGCCUAUGUUCCUCAAUCAUUAAUUAGUCAGGAACAGGAUUAUGGUUUUAUCUUCGCUCUUUUAACAUAUAAAAAAGCUACCAUUGGUAGAUCAACAAGAUAAUCAUUGUUAUUAUCGAAACUAAAGUCAGAUCUAACAUAGAAAAUACAUCUUGUAAACAGAGACAGUGAGACGCGUUACCAUGUUUUCUAUGUUGGUUCAGAAAAAUAAUACUAAUACUACCUUUGGCGUUGGAGAUGAAGGCUUUUACCGUCUCUUUGUCCGAAAGACUGCACUUUUCCAUUAGUUAAUUGAGUAGAUCCAAUAAUGCAGUGGACAGCUCAAGCACCACUUGUUUACCUAACAAAACAGGAUAAGUUUC